GAAGCGUCUCCUGUGCGUCUGCGCGGGAAGUGGAACCUGGCUCUGGGGGAGAAGCGGCGUGAGAUCCGCGCGGGUGCUAGCUAGUUCUUUCUCGUCGCUGCUCGGCUCGCGGCCCGUGGGGUCGGCCCCGCCACCGUCGCCGCCAUGCCCAUGAAGGGCCGCUUCCCCAUCCGCCGCACCCUGCAAUAUCUGAGCCAGGGGAACGUGGUGUUCAAGGACUCCGUGAAGGUCAUGACAGUGAAUUACAACACGCACGGGGAGCUGGGCGAGGGCGCCAGGAAAUUUGUAUUUUUCAACAUACCUCAGAUUCAAUACAAAAACCCUUGGGUGCAGAUCAUGAUGUUUAAGAACAUGACGCCGUCACCCUUCCUGCGAUUCUACUUAGAUUCUGGGGAGCAGGUCCUGGUGGAUGUGGAGACCAAGAGCAAUAAGGAGAUCAUGGAGCACAUCAGAAAAAUCUUGGGGAAGAAUGAGGAAACCCUCAGGGAAGAGGAGGAGAAAAAGCAGCUGUCUCACCCAGCCAACUUUGGCCCUCGAAAAUACUGCCUGCGGGAGUGCAUCUGUGAAGUGGAAGGGCAGGUGCCCUGCCCCAGCCUGGUGCCAUUACCCAAGGAGAUGAGGGGGAAGUACAAAGCUGCUCUGAAAGCCAGUGCCCAGGACUAAGGCCCAUGGUCACUGUGGGCUGGGGUGAUGGUGUCUGACCAGUGGGGAGAUUGGAAUGGGAUUACUUUGGCCCAGGGAAGCCCCUGGUUCUGUCCCUGGAGACUCUGGAAAUCCUUUUGCAUUAAAAGGACUUUACACACCUGUGUAAAAGGAUGUGCGAGAGGAGGGUCUGAAGCUGAGCUGCUAAAUGAAUAUCCCUGCUCUGCUGGUCAAUAAAACACCUCCUAAUAGCAGCUUGGUGUGUAUCUGGUCCUAGUGAAGAGGAAGGCCUAUGUAGUAGAAAGGCUUUGGGCCUGGGAGGUUAAGGCCACAGCCUGUUGACACCUGUUUUGGUCCUGCGACCCUUUACUGGUCUCCGCUGGCUUUGAAUCUUCCUCUGGCCCCUACUCUGGAGAACAUAAGGGCUGCUGUGGUUGAGUCUGGCUAGCACCGUCUGUGGUUGGCAGUGUGGACACCCCUCCAUUCAGUUCCUUGGGGUAUUUUUCAGAAAUCCAAAGGCAACCCUUUGUGCAGUGCUCACUUUUUUAAGUAUAGUUGAUUACCCUUGCCUGCUGGGGGGCCUAGCUAUGGGCCGGAGAUGAAGGAGCCCCAGUGGCUGACAGGCCAGCCUCACUCAGGCACAUACCUGCUGACCAGUCAGCCACUGCCAACCCGUGGCCCAGCCACUGUGUGCAUUAGCAGGGAGGUUUGUAAGCCAUGGAGGAAAAGAGGAGACACCACCUGGUGGAGACGUUGGGGCCCUGCUGGGGGGAUGGUGUCUAUAGCUGGCCACCUGGCUCUGCUGGCUCCCUCAGGCCCUGCUUACCAAGCUCUGGAGGAGGGAGUGCUGCAUUACUGAGCACCUUCCUUGUUCUUUCCUCAUAGGACACUGAUGUUACUGUCACUUUAGUUAUGCUAAAGUGGAGGUUUCAGCCUCCAGAAGACAGCAGAGCCCUCUAGGGUCACCUUAAGAAUAGGUUUAGCUAGGCUGGGUGUGGUGGCUCAUGCCUGUAAUCCCAGCACUUUGGGAGGCUGAUGUGGGCAGAUAGUUGAGCCCAGGAGUUCGAGACCAGCCUGGGCAACAUGGCAAGACCUUGUCUCUACAAAAAAUACAAAAAUUAGAUGGGUGUGGUGUUUCGCGUCUGUAGUCCCAGCUAUUUGGGAAGCUGAGGUGUGAGGAUCUCUUGAGCCUGGGAGGUCAAGGCUGCAGUGAAUCAUGAUCGUGUGCUACUGCACUCCAGCCUGGGCCACAGAGCAAGACUGUCUCAAGAAAAAAAAAAUUUAAAAUAAGUUUAAUUAUAAAGUGAAGGACCGGGUGGACCAUGGACCCCUAGAAACUCAGCCAAGGAGACUUGACUUUAUCUGAUACAGGAAGACAGUGGUUAAAAGAAUUAAAAAAGGACAGUGGUGCUUGACAGAGCAGGACUGAAAUUUUCAUUCCUCUACCUGUGCUGGGGCCUUGGUCAAGUCUUAAAGCUUUCCAGGUCUGUAACUGGUUUUGUCUGUAAAAUGGGGAAAAGGUUACCUUUUCUGCCACAUGAAGUAGCUGGCUGGUGAAAUGAUGUCAUACUACAAUGUGUUUCAUUAACUGUUGGAGAUUAUCCAUUACCUUGAGCAGUUUUGGAUCUUUUACAUUUGAUGCUCAAGUUUGAUUCUGUACCAGAUCUGGGUUCGGGUUGAUGGCUUGUCGGGGGUGGGAGGGGAAGGUGGGCAGAGACUGAUGUAUAGUGGACAGGUGUUCCUUGAGUGACAGACUUACAAAGGGAGUGUUUAAUUGAAAUCUAGCAUCUUGUCUCUCUGCGAUCAGCAUUUUGGCUGGGUGGAAAAAGCUCUCCUCCACAGAGAGCCCUCCCAUGUCUGUUGGUUUCAGUUCCCCACCCAACUGACUGAAGUCUUGACCUUGAUACCACCUGCCUGGGCGUUCUACUUGGCUGCAAGGGCUCUUCAGAAAGCACCUAGUUCCUUUUGGCUUUCAUCUGCAGUGUAGAUCUCCAUAGCUAGUGACACAGAAAGCCUUAUGAGAGUAUUCCUUCCCUCUAGGGCCCAAAGAGGCUGCUAACCCAGCAGGAAUGUCUUGAACCAAAAGGAGUGGUGACCCUUCUCUGGACAGAAUAAAUGUCUAGUCCCUAAUGGGACAGAAAACUAGGGUUUGAGUUCAGGCUUGACACAGGAGUGAUGGGCAGUAACGUGGACAGCCCAGACCCUGAAGGGACAUGCGUGGAGACAGCAGCAUUCCUAUGGUGCAGUUACUGCUUGUGUGGCCAGCUUCACAGGCAGCAGAUAAUUUGUGGAAAUAAGCGUUAUUUUCUUUUUUUGUUCCCUGUAGGCUACUUGAUCUUGGAUAGUUUCUCUUUAAACCUUUGUCUUUCCCUAUUUUGUUUAGUAGUGAUGAAAGAUGGGUUUGAAAUAUACAGAAAUGGGAGAAAAUUAGAGAAAAUGUGAGGAUUUUAUAAUAACAUGUUCUUAAUUUUAUUUGCACAAGCAGUGUUCACAGCCUUAUUCUUCUGAAGUGACCACUUUUCUUCUCUUUGAGGCACUACCUGGCAGCACCAUCUAAACCUGUAUCUGCUGUGGUCCCAGUUACUCAGGAGGCUGAGGCAGGAGGAUCGCCUGAGCCCAGGAGGUUGAGGCUGCAGUGAGCCAUGACUGUACCACUGCACUCCAGCCUGGGUGAUGGAGUGAGGCCCUAUCUGGCUGCCAGUGAGUUCUGUCAUGCAUCAGACUUCGGACCUCAGAAUUUUUACCUGGAACAUGAGAGGUCAGAUGACAUAAUGAAUAUGUUCUAACUUCUGAAACUUUUGGAACUUAUUUUUGCCCUUGAUAGCACGAGAUGAAAUGGACCUGCAGUCAAAGGCUUCAAAUGAGUUCAAGCAGCAAGAAUUCAGGUUAUGUGGACAUGAUCCUUAAAGAAAAAGCCACUUCAAAGUAAGGCCAAGAGGAUCUCAGAAACCAACCAAGAGAUGUUCAAAGCCCAAAACAGUCCCUGGAAUCAGCCAUCACCAGCAAGGGGACUUAAAGAGCAGGACCAGGAGGAUUCUGUUGCUCCUUGGCAGGUGUGUGGUGUGCGCUAUAGACUGGCUCCGGUGAUCUGGCCAUUAUACUCUGCUGUCUCCAUCUUGAGGAUGUAGGGGAUUAUGCUGUCUAUCGAAACAUUGCCAAUGAGACCAGUAAAAAAAAGUUCUUCUGUUAUGUUGGAGCUCAUCAACCUGAGUGCCGGCAGGCGAACGAGGAUCCUGGCCAAUCUAUAAAAGGGAGUGUCAUUAGAAAAGGGGACUGUUUGAUGCCCUUCAACCACAGCUCAGCAAAGGCUCCUGAGCAAAGGCUCAGCAAAGGCUGUCUGUAUUGCACAGAAUCAAACCAAACGGAUCCACCAUCCACCCACCUCUCUUUUCUGAUUUCAACAGUUCCUCUUAACAGAAAUUUAUCAUGAGAAAAAAACCAAAUGAGUAUAAAAUGUAUGUACAGAUAUGUUCCCUUCACUCUUGUUUAUUCCAACUCUCCUCUCCCCUACCAAAAAGAGAAAACCUGGAAAUUCAUCAACAGAGGACAGGUUAAAAUAAAAUAGGAGUCUUCAUAUGAUGAACUGCUAGAGACUCAUUUAAAAAACGAUAAUACAAAUCUGUAUUUACUGAUGAGGAAAGACAUCCAUGACAUAUUGCUCAAUAAAAAUUUAAAAGGAGAUUAUAAAACAGCAAGUAUAGAUGUCUAUAUAAAGUAUUGGGAAAAUGUUCACCACAAUGCUAACAGUUGGGCUCUGGGUAUUGGGAUUUGAGGUGAUUUUUUCUUAUUUUUUGUACUGCUCUAAUUUCCAGUGUUCAUUUAGCAUUAUAAAUAAAGCAGUAAAAUAGC